AGCGUUUUCAAGAUGGCUGCAAUGGAUGUCAUCGAUUGUAUUGUUUCUUUAACAUUUUCCUUGAAAUUUUUAAAAUUGUAGAUUUUUAGUACGGAACAAUGUUGUUUAAAAUGAAAAUAUAUAAUCAUGGGAUCACAAACGCUUGAAAUAUUGCGGCAAGGAGUGUGGGCUUCCCUCACAGGUGGCUGGUUUUAUGACCCACAUCAAGAUAUAUUUUGUAACACAUUUCAUCUCUACGUUUGGCUUUUCCUGUUAUGUUUUCCUUUUACGGUUUACCUGUAUUUCCCCCCGACCGUGUACGUGUGGGGAGCGUACUGCUUCACCAUCACGGUGCUGUUUGCUGUCCUGAAGCUGGCCAACUUUGGGCUGCACCACAUGUACGACACGUCGGAGUGCAUUCAGGAGGCCGUGGAAGAUGAUCGGCCGGAGAGCGAGAAGCGCAGGAUGCAUCUGCAAGGAAGCUCUGUGAAAAGGGAAGAGGAAGGAAUAGAGCUGCAAGUGCUGGGUGAAAAGCGAGCAAGUGAGACGCCCCCCAUCGGCAGUUCCAGGAACUCUUUUGUGGAGACGAGAGCAGGGACAGAUGCAGACAGCAUCAACUCGUCAGAAUACCCUGCAGAGGAGGCUGUCUUCAAGCCCGGCAGCGGCACAAUAGAUUUGAAAGUAGAUGUGCACCGCAAGAACAGUUCGGAGAGCAGUGAAGACGCCCUCAGGACGGCCACAGACCGGAUCAAGUCUGCGCGCCCGGCUGAAAACGUCGGGGAGGCAGAUUUGAGAAACCUGCAGGCUGCCAGAGACAACCUGCAAGGGAAGCGGCUGAAGGGGCACAUAACUGUGUCCAUCGUCGACCACGACGACUUUGAGCUUUGUGACGUGCCUUCCUGCCAGAAUAAGAAGCAGUGCGCGAGGAAGCUUUCCACGGACUCCCCGGAGGAGCGGAGCCCAGGGCUCAGGCCUGAGAAGCCGUCUGCAUUGACUGGGGGAGCUGGCCCAAGCUCGGUCGUUGGACCUCGUCGGUACUCAAAUGCCUCGGACUCCAGCUACGCUUUCCUGCCGGCCAGUAAUAACGCGCUGUCCAUCAAGCCAACUGGGUCCUUGGAGCUCGGGUGCAUGCUGGAGCCUGGAGACAGAGAAAAAGGACUGAUCUACUGGAAGCAACAGAACCUGCACGCAGUUCGCCGCAUCCGUAGCUCGACGUUGGACAAGUGCUGCCCUCCGUUGUCCCUCUACUACGGCUACGGGGGUAGCGAGAUAGUGUACCCCAUCGCGGAACAGUCGGACGAGCCCUCCGAGCAAGGCCCUUUCUCCCUGCGUCCCAACAACAGCGACGAGGACGAGGAUGACGAGAAUGCUGCGAGUGGCUCCCGGUCGCCACUCCUGCUGCGGCACGAGAGCUUCGACGGGCGAGCAGCGGGCAGCGGCCCUGCGCUGGCGGCGACGGAGGCCGGCAGCGACAGCGGAGAGGCGGAGAGUCUUGCCGGCAGCAGCGACAGCAUCCGUCGCAAGAGGCGCUCCAAGCCCUGUGCCCUUGGCAUCGAAGAGACCUCGGCUGCCGAGAGUGGGGAGGCUGAGGGUUCGGGCGAGGGCCAGCCCCUCUCCUUGUCGUCUGAGGUGCCCAGUCUGUCGGGUUUUGACUGGCUGUUUGAGCAUGUGUACCUUGAGGCGGACACCCAUCCUGCGCGCGGCAAGGACACGGAUUCCGGCAGCUCCAGCACCACGCUCAGCGCGGAGAACCACGAGGCGGUGAAGCUGCUCCCGGACGCCGGCGCCGCUCCUGUGGCCACGCCCCCCGCCUCGGGGACCCCCGACGGCCGGCGCACGCAGGGAGCCAUCCCCAAGUGCAGGACUGCGCAGCAAGCCGCGGGCCUGGAAGACACGGAAGAGAAGCAGUCGAGCCCCGUACCCUCUCCCCCGGUACCCAGGCUGGAUACUACCCGGAGGCGGCACCGCAGGCCAGUGAGGCGGAAAGAACGUCACGUGGACAACUACUCUCUGUCGCCUGGACAGGAGUCGUCUGUGAUCAAGUUCUCGAAGCUGGCGGACCCGGUGAUGGUGUCAUCAUCGGAUGCCCUCUCCGUGAGGCUUCGUAGAAGCAACUGUGUGCAGAACUCUUCCUUGCAGCAGCUCAGGAACAACGGAAACCUCAUCUGUGUGGCAUCCAGCGGCAAUGUGCUGAGCUCGGGAGAGGCCGCUUCUUCCUCGGGCUCCAACACGGAGCUGAGUUCCUUACUGCCCCCGCCUGCCAUGCCCCUCCUGGCCGCGUUCCUGGCCUCGCGUCGCGACACCUCCGUGCCGCAGGGGGGCCCCGAGGGGGGCAUGUCUUCGGAGCUGGCCCGCAGCGGUCGCACCAGGCACAGGCACCUCAAGAGGUCGUCCAGAACGCACAGGUCGCGAGGCGGCAGUGUCUCAUCGAGCAGAGAUGCCAGCCAAGCUGUAUCUGGUUCCUCCGUCUCUCUUGCGGCUUUGGCCUCCGUUAUCAACAUGGGGCCCGGCACACACAUCGCAACGUCCCACGAUGACACCACAGAGGGGGCGGUGCAUUGCUUCCGCGAUGAGCACGGAAAUUGGAUGUCGUACACCUUCGACGAGAAGGGCUCUGGGACUGCGAACUCUGGAGUGAUGCCCCUGGCUGCAGCUGCCGCCAAUGGGAAGCUGCUCAGCACACUGUUGAGACAGGGUCCCGCUGCCCAGGACACUUGGGACCACCCCUGUGCGGACCUGCUCAGUAACUCGUCCAUAUCGCUCAACUCCUCCGAUGCUUCGGCCUGCCCAGCGUCGACCUCGGUGACCACCGUUACUACCGGCAAACCAGCCGCUCCGUCCACCUCGUCCUCGCACUACCUCCCUGGCUGCGUUUACACCUUGGAAGCAGUGAUGCCCCCUUCCUCCCAUCAGCAGCAGAGUCCCCUCUACAUUCUCAAAGAGACUGUUGUCGAGAGGAGCCGGCAGGCGAGGGGGUCUCUACAUCCUCAUGGCGAGAUGAACUCUUCCGGAACAGUCAUCCCAGUCCCGCCCCCGAGCUCUCAAGGAGAGACGGACACCGACAUCACCAUCACUCGCAACCGUACCUUCCGCUUCGUGGACACCCGGGACACGACCAUCGAGAGUGUGUGCCAACCACGUCACUACUACAAGUACCGCAUCAGCCGCUGCAUGCACAUUAAAAUACGCUUUGACAGGCUGGCAUUGCUUGCACUCCUCGAUAGAAACUUGACGCUCUGGGAGACUUUUCUGUCCUUGUUUCUGGCAUUGCUUGUUGCCGUUUUGGGGUCCUUGCUUCUGCAGAUGGGCUUCUUCAGGGACAUAUUGGCAUUUCUGUUUUGUUUUGUGAUGGCUGGCUGCCAGUACUCCUUGCUGAAGAGUGUGCAGCCAGAUGCAGCCUCCCCAACGCACGGUUUCAACCGCGUAGUCGCAUUCAGCCGCCCGGUGUACUUCAUCCUUUGCAGUGUGGUCCUCCUCUCGCUGAACCGUAGCCUGGAUUUGGGCUUGUACCACUCCGAGUUCACACUGUAUGGGAUGUCAAUCUCGAACCAAGAGCUUGUUCAGCUGUCUCACGACACGAUGAUCGUCUUUCUUCUGUUCUUCCCGCUGGUUUUCAGCCUCGGCUUGUUUCCGCAGGUCAACACGUUUCUGAUGUAUGCCCUGGAGCAGGUGGACAUGCACAUGUUUGGGGGAAACGCUGCGUCGAGCCUGCUGGCAGCGGUGUGGGGCGUGACGCGGAGCAUCGCUGCUGUUGCGGUUUUGCAUGGUUUUGCUUACGGCGCACUACUGGAAGCCAAGUCAUCCCAGCACAUACUGUUCUCCAUGUUUUGUGGUAUGGCGGUGGCAUCUUCGUACCAUCUAAGUCGCAGCGCUAGCGACCCAGCUGCGUUCUGGAACAUCUUGAAGACCCAUCUCUGGCCCCCCAUGGACUUGUAUGAGGAUACUGGCGCACAGCCUCACGAGGCAGAGAGAGUCAAUACACCGCCGAGCUCUGCCUAUGACAAGGAAAAAGAACUGGUGGACCUUCUUCCGGUAAAGCUCCAGCAUACGGUGAACGCACGGCUCAAGUCCGAUGUUAUAGCGUGCGUGUUGGUGGCUGUGUUCGUGUUCGGUAUACACUGUAGCACCGUGUUCACUGCCGCACACCCGGACCUGUACCCGGGCCUCUAUGCACUCACCAGCCUUUUGGGUUUCGCGCUGCACUACGUGUUCCCACAGCUGCGCAAGCAACUUCCCUGGCUGUGCCUUGCUCGUCCCGUCCUGCGCUCCCAUGAGCAUGGUCAGUUCGAAGUGCGAGAUGCAGCUAAGGUCAUGUGGUUUGAGAAGAUGUACGUGUACCUGUGCUUCGUGGAGCGCAAUCUGCUGUACCCGGUGAUCUUCGUGGGGGCCCUAACCAAGGACUCUCCGGUGGUGGGCCAAAAGUUUGGUCCCGUGGGGGGCUCCCUGGUCGUCACCAUCUGUGGUCUCAAGUGCCUGCGUAGUUCCUUCUCCGAUACUUCCAACCAGUACCUGGUGCUCGUUUUCACCGUCCUCUUCUUCCGCAUCGACUUCCACCGCGCCAGCGAGACCUUCCUCAUCGACUACUUCUUCAUGAGCAUCAUCUUCUGCAAGGCCUACGAGUUCCUUCUCAAGAUUCAGUUUGUGGUGACCUACAUCGCACCGUGGCAGAUCACAUGGGGGUCUGCAUUCCACGCGUUCGCGCAGCCUUUCUCCGUGCCGCAUUCGGCCAUGCUGUUCCUGCAGGCCAGCAUGUCUGCGCUGCUCUCCACGCCCCUGAACCCGUUCCUCGGAUCGGCCAUCUUCUUCAGCUCGUACGUGCGGCCGGUGAAGUUCUGGGAACGCGACUACAACACUCGCCGGGUUGACCAUUCCAACACACGUCUCUCCUCCCACCUGGAGCGCAACCUGGGGGCCGAUGACAACAACCUCAACUCCAUCUUCUACGAGCACCUCACUCGCUCGCUGCAGCACUCUCUGUGCGGGGACCUGAUGUUUGGGCGGUGGGGACCGGUUUCCCAGGGGGACUGCUUUGUUCUGGCUUCCGACUACUUGAACUGCUUGGUUCACAUCAUCGAGCUGGGAAAUGGCUUGGUGACCUUCCAGAUGCGUGGACUCGAGUUCCGGGGAACGUAUUGCCAGCAGCGAGAGGUGGAGGCCUUUUCGGAAGGGGUGGAGGAGAACGUUGGAUGCUGCUGCUGUGAGCCCGGCCACUUGCCAAACAUGCUGAGCAUGAACGCUGCUUUCAGCCAGCGUUGGCUGGCCUGGGAGGUCACCGCCACCAAGUAUGUGCUUGAGGGCUACAGCAUCUCUGACAACAGUGCCAUCUCUAUGCUGCAGGUCUUUGACUUUCGCAAGGUGCUCAUCACCUAUUACGUAAAGAGCAUCAUCUUCUAUGCGACUCGUUCUCCAAAACUGGAGGAAUGGCUCAACUCACCAACCAUCUUGGAUGCUCUCAAGCCCCUGGACAAAAAUUUUGUUGACCUUGAUCCUGUAUUCAACAUGAACAUUGAUGAGGAUUACGACUUUCGUGCUUCUGGGAUAACGAGGAAUAGUUUCUGCAAUGUUUAUAUGGACUGGAUCCAAUAUUGUGCCAUAAAAAAUGAUAAGCAGGUUGUAGACCGAUCGAAGGACUCCACGCUGGUGUCUCUGUGUUUCGCGCUGAGCCUGCUGGGGCGACGUACCCUCGGUGCAGCAUCUCACAACACCGUCUCCAGUGUAGAGUUCUUUCUGUACGGUUUGCACGCGCUCUUCAAAGGUGACUUUCGUAUUACAUCGGUUCGAGAUGAGUGGAUCUUUUCCGACAUGGAUUUGCUAAAGACGGUUGUAGCUCCAGGAGUGCGUAUGUCCCUCAAACUGCAUCAGGAUCACUUUAUGUCGCCUGAAGAGUAUGAUGACCCAAUUGCCCUCUACGAUGCUAUAUCCUCACACCAGGAGAAGCUAGUCAUUUCGCAUGAAGGUGAUCCAGUGUGGAGGAAUGCUGUCUUGUCAGGGACACCGUCACUUUUGGCUCUGAGGCACGUGCUGGAUGACGGGGCGGACGAGUACAAGAUCAUCAUGCUGAACAAGAGGUUCCUCAGCUUCCGGGUGAUCAAGAUCAACCGCGAGUGCGUGCGGGGACUGUGGGCCGGUCAGCAGCAGGAGCUGGUCUACCUGCGCAACCGCAACCCGGAGCGCGGCAGCAUACAGAACGCCAAGCAGGCGCUGCGUAACAUCAUCAACUCAUCGUGCGACCAGCCUAUCGGCUACCCCAUUUACGUCUCCCCUUUGACAACGUCGUAUGCAGAGACAAAUGAGCAGCUGUGCAGUGUAAUAGGGGGCGCUUUCAGUCUAUCGACCAUAAAGUCUACUGUGAUCCAGCUGUGGAGGAGGAUUCGCCAGCGUUGUGGGGAAGGCUGUUCCAGCGGUGGGUCCAUGCCCCAGGACGAAGGUGGUUUUGGCCACGAAGGCAUGUAUGCCAUGACUUCCUGCACUAUACACUCAGGCUAUGCCCACUCGAGUGGCCAGAACACAUCCGGCAGCCAGUCGAUGGACAGCGGGCAGCUGGGGGGCUCGAUGGGGCGGGGCGGCUCGCUGGGAACCAACCGCGGCAGCAUCGCCUCCAUGGGCAAGCCCUCGUCCUCUGCCUCGUACAUCUGCGGCCGCGAUCUCAUCCAGCGGCGGCUCCACGAGAAGGAGCGCGACAAGGAGAGGGAAGCAGAGACUGUCACUGCCGCAGACGGCGAGCCCGUCCUGCAGAGGGUUCGGAUCCAGGAUCCCAACCAAGUGUACGAUGCCAUCAACCUGGGGCGACGCAUCGACGUGAUUUGGCCAGACGAGCGAAUGCGGACGAGGGGAGGGAGGUCCCACUGGCGGGACUGGCUGCCAGAAAAGGGCAUGGAGGGCCAGGUUGUUCAUCGGUGGGUGCCGUCGCACCGCGACCCCAGCCGGCGGUCGCACGUGGACCGCACCAUCCUGUUGGUCAAGAUAGACGACAAGUACGUGCCGAUAGCGGAGAGCGGGACGCAGGACCUCGGGGCGGAGGUAUAGCUGUUGCUGUGUGGCCCGCCGUAGCCCGGUGGUUCACACGCCCGUCCCAUGUGCUCGCAUGGUCCUGCCAGCAGAUCUCUCUGGUGCCUGGUGCUAAAUACAGGGAUUCCGUGUAGCUUUUUAACAGUCAACACGUGCUGUGUAACUUACGAUGGUCGUGCGAUUUUUCUGGAACUGUACAAUGUGAGGCAUUGCAAAAUGUAAAUAAUAAAUCAGUAUAUGUUUUGCA